AUGACUAAAGCUAUUUACAGAUGGCUUCUUUCUGAUUACAUAAAAGUAAAUAUCUCAUUCUCGGCGCAUACCGACUACCAACAAACCUCCGAAUUCGUACGAAUACUCAAGCCACCCCACGUUAUUCUCGUUCAUGGGGAGCAAAAUGAAAUGGGUAGAUUAGAAGCUGCUCUGCAACGGGAAUAUGAGAACGAUCCGAACACCACGAUGGAAAUACACAAUCCUCGUAAUACCGUCGCCGUCAAGUUGUAUUUCAAAGGCGAAAAAACUACCAAAGUAAUGGGUAUUCUUGCCAUGGAAGAACCAAAACCAGGACAAAAAUUGUCCAGUGUUUUGGUUAAAAGGAAUUUUAACUAUCACAUGCUCGCAUCUUCUGAUUUGUACAGACACAUGAGUCAAAUCGUUCAAAGACAAAGCAUUUAUUCCUCUGCUUCUUUACCCAUACUUAAACAUCUUUUGACGGUAAAAAGACACAUAUCGAUCUUCUUAAUUUCGAAGUAA